UAUAUUCUUGCGUAAAUUUAUAAACAUGGAGACUGACGCAACGACGGAUGCCAGGAAAAACGCAGAGGCGGUGUUAGCAUCGCCAGCAUUGCAGUACAAUAUUUCAGGUAUACCCGCGCUUACGGCAUACCUUGACGAGCAGAUGGAAAAGGCCAAUGCUUAUAGCCUGGAUAACAACGUUGCUAUACUUAAAAUAUACACACUGUUCCCUCAUAUAGCAGAUCCUCUCGUCAUACAGAAAAUAUUGGUCCAAUGUCUAACGCAACUGCCGGCAAACGAUUUCAAUAUCUGUUUCGCACAAGUACCACUGCCAACACAAGAACAUCCAGUGAUCGCAAAGGUAGUGGCAUUGCACAAUUUGCUACAAAACUGUCUAUUUCAUAAAUUUUGGGAGGAAGCACGUCAUAACAUGAUGGAUAACGACGAUCGAACAUUCUUAGACGUACCUGGACUUAGGGAAUCAAUUAGGAGAUUCAUCCUAGAUGUAGUACCAUUGGUAUACUUACAAAUGAGUGUGCCGGAAUUAAGGUCAAUGUUGGAUUAUCCUUCCAACUGCGAGGAGUUCGAACAAUUGCUGAAGUCAUAUAAGUGGACACUCGAAGGUGGAUACAACAGAGAUGACCCAAACUCUGGAACAUGCGUGCCACCAACAAGAGAUGAAGUGAUCAAACAACACAUGGCACAAGACAAGGAACCGGGAGUUGAAAAGUAUUUCAAACUCGACACCAUGAGGACAUACUAUUCUACCUUGAAAGGUGCCUCAGGCUAGACACAACACACAGCUUGAACCCUAAUUAAAUGCCGCAUAUAUAUC